UUCUUUUACCCUCUUUUUCUUUUUCUUUUUCUUUUUACUCAUAUUCUUCCUAAAACUGCUACUGUUUUUAUUGCUUGUUUCCAUGCUUCACGCAUAAAGCAAAAAAAAAAUAAAAAAAAAAUAAAGAAGAAAACAACUUCAUUAUUCUAUUACACACUGAUCUCUAUUUAUUAACGGCUAUUCUUGAUAAAAACUAUAUAUAUAUAUAAAGAGAGAUAUAUGAGGGAAAUGGUCUAGAUUUUCAACCAGUCAAACCAUUUUCUGCCCUUUUCCUUUUUUUGUUUUUUCCCCUUUUUUCAGUAUCAGUUGAACUUUCAUACAAAUCCAAGAAGAAGAAAAAUGAAUUUUAAUCCUGAAAGUGACAUGUGGAAAUGGCGUGACAGUUACUGUCUUGGAGAUGAUCCCGAUGUUGAUAUAUCUGAUUGCUUGUUGAGCAAAGGUGAAGACAUUUCCUUUAUGUUUGAUGAUGUAAGUACUCCAGUCAAGUCUUGUGAAGAAUUGACUCACCAUGUUAGUAACUAUGAAAACAAUGACAAGGAAACUCAGAGAUACAAUGAGUCAUCCUCACAAGUGAAAAGGCGCAGAGUGCUACAGUUUGAAUCAGAAGCAUCAGAUGCACCACUUUGCAAUGAGGAACUAUCAUCGUCAUUUUUAAAUUCGCAGGAGACUGAUACUUCUGUUGAAGAGUUUAUCUCUGAAAUGUCACAGUGGGUUUCGGGAUUUUCAGAGGACAUGUCUUCAUCUGGUAAUGAGCUGCUGGAUCAGUCAUCCGAAGGAUGGGUUGCUAGUUGUUUUAACGAUUCUCAGAUGCAUUUGAGCCCUGAGGAUAUUGCGGCCUCUGAUAUUCAGCUUGAUAUUUCAGAGUUUUGCAACACACCGCUUGAAUGUGAACCUAAUGUGGUUCAAGAGCGUCCUGUGCAGACUCGUAAAAAUGUUGUUUUUAAAGGUAGGAAAUCAUAUAUACGGGCUCCUACAAAAGCUGCCUCUUCUGUUGUCUAUCCAUUUACUUUUGUUAAACCGUGUGGUGUCCACGGAGAUGUGACUCUUAAAGACAUUAACCUGCGGAUACGCACCCCAAAAGCGAAGACACCACAGAAUAGUGUAGAUCCUUCAGUUGAAUACCCAAAGUCUGCUUUCUCUGGUAAACCUGUCGUUGGAAAGACCACAAUUCCAACAGAAGGAGGAAAAGGCAGCAUUACUAUAAUGAGGACAAAGGGGUAAUUGUUUAAGCAAUUAGCUGUUUUUGUUUCGAGGGUUUACUCCAUUUCUUUUGGAGACGGAUAGCCUCAGUUUCUCCAGGGGCCUCGAGGUAUACAUGCUUUCCGGUUGACAUCAUCCUUGUAGCUCAUAUCGUGAUGUCGCUUAUGCAUGCUCAAGUGCCCCCUCUUGUUGCCGCAUACUAUGCUUUAGACAUGGUACGGUCAACGUUGUAGUUGUGGUAUUAUAGUUCGUUGGAUAUCCUCUUAUAAUUUGACUGUACAAAACUUUCAUUACCUUUGCUAGUUUAUUAAUUUGGAAAAUCCGUUUGUUA